AUGGACACCCGGGCUUUGUUGAAUUGUUUUCUGGGGACUUUGAGCCAUGAUAGUAAAAUCAGGUCAAGUGCCGAAAAUGAGUUAAAAAGUGCGAGCAAAACGCCUGGAUUUCUGGGAGCCUGCUUGGAUAUAAUCUCUAGCGAUGGCAUUUCGGAGCAUAUUAAACUGUCGACAUCGUUAUACUUUAAAAACAAGAUCCUGUAUGGAUGGUCAGGCAAGCAGCAGGGCAAAAACGAGCUGUUACAUUACAGCGUGGAUAACGAUGAGAAACCCGUGGUAAAAGAAAUGUUAGUGAGAGUUUUGGUUCACUGCUCUUUGCACUCUCCAAACUGUGUGCGAUUACUAUUACCGGCGCUCACCGUCAUAGUGUCUGAGGAGUACCCAGCUAAGCGGUGGGAUUCUCUUUUGGGAGAAUCUUUCAACUUGCUGACCUCCAACGACGUCAACUCGGCGCACGUCGGACUUAUGUGCUUGGCAGAGAUAUUUCGCACUUACAGAUGGAAGGAAAACGAUGACCGUCAAGAACUAGAGCACCUCAUAUUAAACUACUUCCCAUCUAUUUUAGCGUUUGCUUCUAGCACGCUGCAACAGGGAGAGCAAUCGCGCAACGACAGCAAAAUAGGCGAUAUGAUCAAACUUGUUCUGAAAAUAUUUAAGUUUGUCACAUAUCAUGACCUGCCCUUUUCACUCCAGAGGACCGAAAAUUUCGUGCCAUGGGCUAAUUUGCAUGUGUUGAUCAUUGAGCAACCUCUGUCGGUAUCUUUUCUAGAGUCGACUCUGCCGAGUGAUCGUAAACUCAAUUCUUGGGUAAAGGCGAAAAAAUGGGCUUACGCAAACAUGUAUAGGAUGUUCCAGCGAUAUGCAUCCGAGUCUCUCUCGAGAAAAUUCAGUUACGACGAGUUUAGAUGGCUGUAUUUGAACGAUUUUUAUCCCCAAUUGCUGCAGCUAUUUUUCGUUCAAAUUGAACAAUGGGGGUCCGGCUCGCUGUGGUUGAGCAACGAAGCCCUUUAUUACAUUUUGGGCUUUGUCGAACAAACCGUCGUUCAGAAAAAAACUUGGCCGCUGAUGAAACCUCAUUAUAUGACUGUUCUCCAGCAUGUCAUUUUCCCUCUACUCUGUUUGAACGAAGAGGCUCUUGCGGCUUUUGAGAACGACCCUCACGAAUACAUUCACCGGAACUUAGAGGCGUGUGACGAAGACUAUCUACCAGACCUGGCCGCCUUAUCGUUACUCACAACUUCGGUGACGAAACGUGGCAAGACGACUCUGCAGCCCACAAUGCAGUUUGUCACAGAAAAGUUGCAUAGCCACGUCGACUCCAUUGCCUCCAUGGAGUUGGCGACCGCGGUCGAAAUGGAGUCCUUGCUUAGAAUUUUCUCGAAUAUUCUACAUCGGCUCACGCAGAAGAAUUCGCCAUUUUUGGGAGAAUUGGAAGAAUUACUGAGAACUUUGGUCUUCCCAUUUUUUCGAUCGCCUUUUGCAUUCUUACGUGCACGCGUCUGUGAGUUGAGUUCUAAGCUGGGAGAAUUUGAAAUCAAAAAUGAGGAUACCUCUUCGAUGCUUUUCAGGGGUAUUCUCAGUUGCUACAGCGAGGAAAACGACUCGCUUCCAGUUGUCCUAUUAGCAGCACUAGCACUUCAGGCGUUUCUUCAUGUUCCAGAAUUUCGCGAAUCUAUAUCGACAAAUGUGGUACCAGCAAUGCAAAAGCUUCUGUACAUUUCAAAUGAGAUUGAGUCAGAUGCAAUUUCGGGUGUCAUGCAGGACUUCGUCGAGAAUUUCUCUGAACAAUUGCAACCGUUUGGUGUCGAGCUAAUGAACAACUUGGUUCAACAGUUUUUGAAGCUAGCAAUCGACUUACAAGAAUCUUCGGCAUUUGAUAUUAAUACUGUGGAGACUGGAAUAGAAGUACCCGACAGCAGUGAUAAGCAAAUGGCUGCAAUGGGGAUUCUUUCGACGGCGAUUUCGAUUUUGUUAUCAUUUGAAAACUCUCCUGAAAUCGUUAAGAGUCUAGAGCAGUCGUUUUAUCCAGCGGCCGAAUUUAUUUUGAAAAACGAGAUGGAGGACUUUUACCGGGAGGUAUGUGAACUGAUUGAAAAUUCUACAUUUCUAUUAAGAGUUAUAACGCCAAUUUCAUGGAAGGUGCUAGAGCUGAUCGGCGACUGCAAUCGAAAACCAGACAGCAUGGUGGCUUUCUACCUUGAAGAUUUUAUGCUUGCCUUGAACAAUUACCUAGUGUAUGGGAAACAGGAGCUCAGAAAAAACGAUUUUUACGCCAACAUCGUAUUCGAAAUUUACGUUUCUGCCGUUUCUUCAGCAGACAAUGGUUUUGAUGAGAUGGCAGCGAUUUUCGAUCUCUCUCAAAAGGUGCUGCUCACACUAGGAGAGGAUAUUAAUCCUGCUUUCGUUGAACGUUUCCUGAACGAUGCUCUUGACGCCAUCUCAUCAGAAUCAAAAGAGCUGAAGAACCAAAUUGUUUUCGGAGUAAACGCGUUCAAUGUGGUGGUCGCAUGCUUGACAUGCUUCCCCGAAGUGACGUUACAAGCAUUGCAAUCCAAAAACCUGAUUGAACUGUUUUUCAGCAUUUGGUGCGACUCCUAUAUUCCAAAGUUCAAGAGAGUUUACGAUAUCAAACUUUCGGUUAUGGCUAUCUUGAGCAUCAUCGGGAGAGUUUCAGCCGAGGAUUUGAAUGCGGCGUCUCUGUGGGGGCUAUUUGCUAAAUUUGGGCCUUUGUCUGCCCAUCUCAUGUCCGCACUUCCACAUGCCCUUGCAUUGCUCGAGGAAAAGAGAAAAGAGUAUAUCUCUGACGGGGCGGAAAAUGCGGCCGAUACUUCCUUUUUCGAAUGGACCGCCCCAGACGACGAGGAAGAACCUGAUGGAGACGAUGAGGAGGCUUUUAACGAUUUUUUGAAAGAUGAAGCCGAGAUUUUGAAGAUGGUCAAUGAGCAAGCCGAGGCUUUCGGUGAAUUCGAAGAUUUCGACGACCUUGAAGAAGAUCCACUGUCGGGAUCUGUUCUAGACGAAAUUAACAUCUACGAUGCAUUCAAGACCGUAAUAAACGCCUUGCAGUCUGAUCAAACCAAGCAUAGAGCUUUAGUGAGCGGUUUGUCUCCGGAAAAUCAAGAGGUUUUCUUUCAGCUGAUGAAUAUCUGA